AUGUCUUGCGAACAGUAUGAAACCCUGGUCGGGAGCUCGUGCGUUCGCGACACGAGCUUCUUCGGCGGGAAAGCCGUGCUCCCCGAAGGCGCGGGCUACGGUAUCGUCAUCGGUUUCGGUUUGUUCUUCUCCCUCGCCACGGCGAUCAUCAUGGGUCUCGAUAAGCGUUACGGUGGGACGAACAUCUCGUCUGAAUACUUCAACACCGCCGGUCGUAACGUGAAGACGGGUUUGACGGCGUCCGUCAUCGUGUCCCAGUGGACGUGGGCGGCGACGCUCUUGCAAUCGUCCAACGUCGCGUACCAAUAUGGUGUCUCCGGACCGUUCUGGUACGCGUCCGGUGCGACGAUUCAAGUUUUGCUCUUCGGUAUGCUUGCCAUUCAGGUGAAGCGAUACGCGCCUAACGCGCACACUAUUUGCGAAAUCAUCGACGCUCGAUGGGGCGCGAACGUGCAAAAGGUCUUCAUCUUCUUCUGCUUCUUGACCAACGUCAUUGUGUCUUCGAUGCUCGUGCUCGGUGGUGCCGCCACGGUGAACGCGCUCACGGGUAUGAACACCACCGCCGCUGGUUUUUUGAUCCCGAUCGGUGUCAUUGCGUACACUAUGGCUGGUGGCUUGAAGGCGACCUUCUUGGCGUCGUACAUCCACACCGCCAUCAUCUUCGCUAUUCUCAUCACCUUCAUCUACAUCGUGUACGCGGCCGACACCAAGCACGGUCUCGGCUCUCCGAGCAAAGUGUACGAUCUCCUCCAGAGCGUCGCUCAGCGCAGUCCGACUUCAACCGAAUGCGUCGCUCGCCUUGCCGCCGACCAAAACUGCGGUCCGGUGGCCAAAAACCAAAAGGGCUCUUACUUGACCAUGCUCUCUGAGGGUGGUGUCAUCUUCGGUAUCAUCAACAUCGUUGGUAACUUCGGUACCGUUUUCGUCGACCAAUCGUACUGGCAAUCCGCCAUCGCGGCCAAGCCGAGCUCCUCCACCAAGGGUUACCUCCUCGGCGGUCUCGUUUGGUUCACCAUCCCCUUCGCCCUCGCCACCGCCAUGGGUCUCGCCACCGUCGCUCUCGACUUGCCGGUCACCUCUGACGAAGCUGGUAAGGGUCUCGUGCCGCCCGCCAUCGCCACCCACUUGAUGGGUAAGGGUGGUGCCGCUGCGAUCACCAUCAUGCUCUUCAUGGCCAUCGUGUCCACGGGCUCCGCCGAGCAAAUUGCCGUCUCCUCCUUGUUUGCGUACGAUGUGUACCGCAAGUACAUCAAACCGAACGCCACGGGUGAAGACAUCCUUCGCGUGUCUCGUUACGGUGUCGUCGCCUUCGGUAUUUUCAUGGGUAUCCUCUCCUUGAUCCUCGACGAGCUUGGAUUGUCCCUCGGUUUCGUGUACCUCAUGAUGGGCAUCUUCAUCGGCUCCGCCGUCAUGCCCAUCUCUUUCGUUUUGACUUGGGACAAGGCGAACGCCAAGGGUGCCGUCAUCGGCGCCAUCAGCGGCCAAGUUCUUGGCUUGGUCACGUGGAUCGUCACCGCUCAAGGCCUGUACAAGGCGGUCACCAUCAAGACGCUCGGCGAAAACUACCCGAUGCUCGCCGGUAACAUCGUCGCCAUUUGCUCCUCGGGCAUCAUCCACGCGUUCAUGUCCUUCCAAGAUCCGCAAAACUUUGACUUCAGCACGCUGAACGAUCGCAUUCAACUCAUCGACGACAAGCUUCCGGAAUUCGAACAAGAUGAAGAUUCCAAUCCGAAGCAGCUCGAGGCCGCGCUCGCGUGGAUCAAGAAGUGGGGCAUUGGCUUCACCUUCGUCAUGAUUGUCCUCUGGCCGGUCUUCUCGCUCCCGGCGGGUUGCGGCACCUCCGCAGGCUGCGGUGUCUUCAACAAGGGUUACUUCAACCUUUGGGUUGGCAUCGCCCUCGCGUGGGGCACCGUCGCCACCGCGGUGAUCAUCCUCCUGCCUGUGUACGAAUCUUGGGAUUCCAUCUCCGUCGUCUUGAAGGGCAUGUUCACCAACGACGACGUGCACAUGCGCAUGGAUGUCCUCGAAAGCAAGAUCGACGCGCUUCUCGCGCCGGGCUCCACGAAGUCUACCGAGAAGUUGUCUCAGCAACCGGGUUACCGUGCGAAGCUCAUCGCCGGCCACCUGUAA